AUGUGGGCCACUGGGAAUCGGGUCAAACACAAAAGGAGGGGUGAUUCAAGUUUCUCGGAGGAGAAUUGGGGUGAUUCCACGUUAGACUAUUCAUCGUCAAUCCAGCAGCUCGAACCUCCCGGCUGGAACAGGAUCCUCGCGCGCGCGGCCAAGUACAAACAGUCCCGGAAGGGGAAUGCAAUCAUCCAGGCCGUUGAAGACGGCGCAUAUGUCCCUUCCGUUCGUGCAGCGAUCAUUGACACGAUCCAGGACGACGACAACAGCAACAGCAACAGCGAGGGAGACGCUAGCGACGAUGGUGUUGGGUCAAUCGGAGAGGUCGAAGACGGGAUGGAGGAGUUUGAUGACGAGGACGAGGAUGGGAAGAUCGAAGCCAAUGAUGUCGACGAGAUCGUUGAGGACGAGUGGAUCGAUGAGGACGAGGUUUAG